ACAACUUGAUCGACACGUCAAUUCAGAAAGCAGGCAUCUCAGGCUUCUCUGGUUGCGUAGAACAUGCUAGUGUCAUCUGGCAUCAGAUCCAGGUCGCCAAAAAGGAGGGAACAGAUCUGCACGUGGUGUUCCUGGAUCUUGCAAAUGCCUUUGGCUCAGUCCCUCACAGCCUCCUCUGGACAGCCUUUGACUACUUUAGAGUGCCAGCAGCUCUUACAACCCUUGUCAAGGCCUACUUUAAGGACGUCCAACUCUGUGUGACAACAGCAGAGUACACAACAGCUUGGCAACACCUCUCCCCACUGGCCUUCACCUUGGCAAUGGAGGUCAUCAUUCGGGCCUCUAGAUGGACAGUUGGCGGACAGCAAAUAAGACCUGGGCUGAGGCUGCCACCAGUCAGAGCUUACAUGGAUGACCUCACAUCUCUUACCACAACCAAGGUUUGCACUGUACGGCUAUUAAGUAAGCUCCAGGGCAACAUCGAGCGGGCCCGCAUGAAGAUCAAGCCGAGCAAGUCCAGAAGCAUUUCCAUCAUCAAGGGAAAGCUGUCAGACCACCGGUUCCACUUUGGCAAGGAACCCAUCCCAACUGUCUCAGAGAAGCCAGUGAAGAGUCUAGGUCGGUGGUAUGAUGCCUCCCUUAAAGACAAAGAGCAAGUAGAGCAGCUUAGGAAGGAGGUAGCCAGUGGCCUGGAGAACAUCGACAGAACCCUGCUUCCUGGCAAGCUAAAGCUCUGGUGCAUGCAGUAUGGACUACUUCCACGUCUCCUAUGGCCACUAACCCGCUACGAAGUCCCACUCUCAAAGGUGGAAAAGAUGGAGAGACUGGUCGGCUCAUACGUAAGGAAGUGGCUUGGCCUUCCCAGGUGCCUCAGCAGUAUUGGUCUUUAUGGCAAAGGGAUACUACACCUGCCCAUUUCCAGUCUGGUAGAGGAGUACAAGUGUGCCAAAGUCAGACUGGAGAUGAUGCUACUGGAUUCGAGUGAUCCAUUUGUAGCCCAAGCGCCCCCCAUCUUGGCCACCGGAAGGAAGUGGACACUGAUGGCUGCAACUGAGCAGGCAAAGGCGGCACUCAGACACAAGGACAUUGUGGGCCGAGUGCAGGAGGGGAGGAGUGGUCUUGGACUUGGGGCCAGUACACCAGUGUGGAGCAAAGCCUCUCCAUCUCAGAGACGCAAGAUGGUGGUCCAGGAGGUACGGCGGGAGGAGGAAGCAAGAAGGUGCGCCCAGGCAGUGGCACAGGCAAAGCAAGGGCAGUGGAUGGCAUGGGAAGGAGUGGAGAAGAGGAAGAUCUCCUGGAAAGAGCUGUGGGAAAUGGAGACAUUCAGGGCAAGCUUUACCAUCUGGGCUGCCUAUGAUGUCCUGCCUUCUCCUGCAAACCUAAGCCAAUGGUAUGCUGAGGACCCCACGUGCCCUCUAUGCCCAAGUCUAGCAACACUGAAGCACAUCUUAGUGGGAUGCAAGACCAGCCUCACCCAAGGGCGUUACACCUGGCGGCACAACCAGGUGCUGAAGUGUCUUGCUGCAGUGUUGGAAAAUCGACGGACAAAUGUGAAUGCCCUUCCUCCCCCAUCAUCCCAGUGGCAGCCAACACCAUUUGUUCGGGAGGGUGAGGGUCAAGCCAACCUCACCACCAUAAGAUCAGACUAUGGUCAGCUGGGUAGAGCACGGGACUGGAAGCUGCUGGCAGACUUGAAUAAGAAACUAUGCUUCCCAGCUGAAAUUGCAGCCACCAACCUGCGGCCAGACCUUGUUCUGUGGUCAGCCUCGCUCAAACUUGUCUACAUCAUCGAGCUCACCGUUCCCUGGGAGGGUGCAGUGGAGGAGGCCUAUGAACGGAAAUGGCUGAGGUAUGCUGAACUUGCAGCCGAUGCACAACAACAAGGCUGGAAUGUAAAGGUACGCCCAGUGGAAGUAGGUUGCAGAGGGUUCGUAGCCACCACAACAUCCAGGCUACUCAGGGAGAUGGGAGUACGAGAAAGGCCCACCAGCAGGCGGUCAAAGACCUCUCUGCAGCUGCGGAAAAGGGAAGCCAGUGGCUGUGGGUGA